AUGGCUUCGUUAUUGAGCAUCAGCUCCGCAUCUUCUCUCUUCAUGCUUUUCUUCCUCCUGUUCUUGCAAGCUUUUGCUCCAUAUUCGACCGCUCAAGAAGCAGCCGGCGGCGAGCGGCGGCCAUUAGUGCCGGCGAUGUUUGUGUUCGGCGAUUCCCUCAUUGACAACGGCAACAAUAAUAACCUGCCUUCUUUAGCCAAAGCCAACUACUUGCCUUACGGCAUCGACUUCGCCGGCGGCCCGACCGGCCGGUUCGCCAAUGGGUACACCAUUGCUGAUGGGAUUGGUGAGUUGCUUGGUCUACCGCUCAUUCCUCCAUUCUCCCAAGUUUCUGGCAACAUAAAUAGUGCCAUUAAUGGAGUUAACUAUGCCUCUGCUGCUGCAGGCAUUUUGGACAUAAGUGGCAGAAAUUUUGUGAGCUUAAUACCAUUCAACCAACAAAUCAGAAACUUUGCGUCAACAAUGGAACAGUUCAGUACCAUCUUAGGAGCACAAACGGCAUCAGACUCGAUUGCACGCUCCGUAUUAUUCAUAGGAUUUGGGAGCAACGAUUACCUUAACAACUAUCUGAUGCCAAACUACAACACACGCUUUCAGUACGAUGGGGAUCAGUUUUCUGAUCUUCUCAUUCAACAUUAUUCUAAUCAGCUUGAAACUCUUUACAACCUUGGAGCUCGAAGAUUCAUAAUUGCGAACGUUGGAGUGUUGGGGUGCAUCCCAUACGUUCUUUCUCAGAAUUUGACGAGCCACUGCUCAUCAGAGGUUAAUAAUCUUGUCAUCAACUUCAACAGUAAACUUCAGCCGAUGCUCCGUAAUCUCAAUACAAAUCUUCAAGGAUCUCAAUUCUUACACAUGGAUAUAUACAACAUGUUCAAGGAUAUACUUGAGAAUCCAAGAAAGUAUGGAUUCAGUGUGGCCAAUCGAGGCUGCUGCGGAAUUGGAAGAAACAGUGGGCAGAUCAGCUGCCUUCCAUUUCAGACUCCAUGCCCAAACAGAGACCAGUAUGUCUUUUGGGACGCCUUCCAUCCUUCAUCAGCUGUAAAUAUCAAACUGGCAAGAAAGUCUUUCAGUGGUAGCUCAGAUAUAAUCUCUCCCAUGAACAUACAACAACUAGCAACUCUUAAUCCUUAACAACAACCUGCAAAAAUUUUCUUGAGUCCCUAAG